UUUGAAUAAUCAUUUACUUAAAUAAUUUAAAAAAGCCUGUAAAAUAAUAUUUUAUAAAUAAAUUUACAAUUUAUUAAAUAGUGUUCUGUAAAUAUGAUACAUAUUAUUAUUUAGUAAUUAUUAAUAGUUGGUAAAAUUAAAAUUUUUGCCUAAUUGAUUUAAAUAAAUUAAAAGGAA